AUGUAUACAAUGCAGAAUUGGACGUGCAUUUUUCUUAUUAUUUGCAGUAUGCAGAGCGUGUGUCAUUGCUGUGACUGGAUCCGACACCACUACGGCCUCUUGAGCGCAGAAUACCUUUCCCUGCUGGACCAGAUGGGAGGAGAUAUCACAAAGCAGAAUGCCCCAGUCCUUUUCCCAACAUCACUUUACAGACAUAUAGAUGAUGCUGAGUUUGAGGACAAAGUCAUAUUCCUGAAAGAGACCAUCUAUCAAAUCACAAAACUGUUUGAUGGGAAUAUGAAAUCUGUCACCUGGGACAAGAAAAACCUGGACGAUUUCCUCAACAUUCUAGAACGCCAAUUGGAGAACCUUAAUUCCUGUGUAUCACCUGCCAUGAAACCUGAGAGGAGACUGAAACGGUACUUCAAGAAGUUGAAUAGGAAGGUUCUGAGAAAAAUGAACUACAGUGCACAGGCGUGGGAGCUCAUCAGGAAAGAGAUGAAACGUCAUCUGCAAAGAUUGGAUAUCCUUGCAGCACAGAUGUACUGAUCAUCCAGACUCAUUUCAGAAGCUACGCCCUUACCAGUUUAUAAAGCAUGAAUACAAUCAUGUGGGACCCUGUCAGUCUAUUUAUUAUAUUUAAAUCCAUAAAUUAUUGUUUUUUAUUUUUAUUAUUUAUUAUUUAUAUUUUGUAUUUCCCUUUUGUACAUGUGUUGAACUGAACUGUAUUGCCGGUCUACUUGAA